CGCGUCACCGCGACCCAUCCUCACAUGAUGUCAGACUUCUGCAAGUGCUUGCAACUCGGGAUAUAUAUAAAAUGAACGAUCUUACACUAGUUACUCAUUCGUUAGUUUGAACUCAAGACGAAAACUAAGCAUCAUGCUCAAAUACGUAGCGUUGGUUUGCGUGCUAGUAGCGGUGUGCGCGGGCGCCCCUCAGCAGAACCCGCAAGACGUGCAGAUCCUGCGCUUCGAUAGCAACGUGGAGCCCGAUGGCUACAGCUUCGCCUACGAAACCAGCGAUGGUACCUCCAGGCAAGAAGAAGGCAAGCUGGACAACCCUCAAUCUGAGAACGCGGCUCUGACCGUCACCGGCCAAUACGCGUAUGUCGCCCCCGACGGCAAGCAUUACACCGUCACCUUCACCGCCGGCCCCAACGGAUUCCAGCCCAAGACCUCCCUAGGACAAUAAGAAAACACCAUGGAGAACUAAAUGAUUGACGGAGAUGUCAUAACGCAAGAUCUAAGAAAGUAGCGCACCAAAACUCCUCCUUUACACGCCUUCUUUGGAACCCGUCCCUAAUUAACCAAAUCAACAAUCAAUCAAGACCAAUAUGCUGACAGAUGUGUCAAGACACCCUAACGCUUUGUUAGCAACUGAUCAUUGUGGUCACGUUACGUGACCUACAAGAAGGCGCCUGACCUACCUGCCUUAUGACAUCUCCGCUCUUUCCUUCCUCCGUGGCAAACACCGAACAACUUUGUAAAUAGUUAAUACUCCUGUAGAACUACUCACAAAACUAGAAUGUAUCAUAUCAUCACAGUACAAGGGAUCUCAAGUUAGCGAUCCGAUUCUAAAUUCACGUGCCAUAAGGACGUCUUUUUUAUAAUUUUGUAUAUUACUUUUGUAUUUUAAAAUUUUAUUUGUCAAUGAAUAAAAUACAUUUUUAUACAUA